CCUUGAUUGCAUGAUUUGCAAAUUUUGCUCAAAAAGGGGAUUUAAAGUCGGGUAACAUGGAAUGAACCUGUUUUGUAAUAAAUAUGAUAUGCUCUCUAGUCACGUGGGUUUAACUCAGUGUAGACUUGUCAGUUAUCACCAUGACAUUAUUUAGUAUCUAUAUAUAUAUGUUUUAUACUAGAGCUAAAUCAUAUAUUUACAGAUAGGUGUAUGUGGGCAUUUAUAUAAGACAACAUAACAAGGUGUUUACUUUUAAGGUACAAAAGAAUGGACUUCAAGAUAUUAGUACUGCUUCUAGCGUCUACCACAAGAUGUUUCUGUGUGUUAAUAUGCAAUCCUACCAGCAACGCUACAGAAAGACAUCGCCUUUACACAGAACUUUUCGUAAAUCAGGGCUACAACUCUAAGAUUCCUCCAUUCAACCAUAUAAAUCACUCUUUUGAUGUAAACAUUUCUUUCUUUCUUGAAACGAUAAUUGACUUAGACGAGAUAACAGGAGUAUUGAAGACAGCAUCCUACAUGAUUAUAGCAUGGUACGAUGAAUACUUGCAAUGGGAUAAAACUGAAUAUAACACUACUACGGCAUAUUGGCCUCAGAACGAUAUUUGGAAGCCAGAUAUAGCUCUACAUAAUUCAGUUGGAUCAUAUAAAAGUCUUGGACAUGAAAAUGUUAUGGUUAAAAAUAUUUAUGGCGGUCAUAUAUUGUGGGUCCUUCAUGAGAUGUUUGAAACGUCGUGUGAUAUAGACAUGACUUAUUACCCAUAUGAUGUACAAACUUGUGAAAUACGAUUUGCGACUUUGAGCAUCCUUGAAGUAAGCAGCUUUGACUGAUGAAACAAUUGCUGGCAAAUAAACGUAUCCCAGACUGACCAUACAAUACUACCUUCACUACUUUUUAUCCAAAUAUUUCUUGUAACCACCAACAUUUAUAAUUAGCUGGUGCAUAACCAAUUGCAACCUUUCGGCCCUUUCAAACUUCAAAAAAGAAACUCGGGCACAAUAGUAAGAAAACACAGAACGGAAAGGGUAUUUCGGUACAAAAUGUCCAUUUUUUCACAUUAAUUCGGAUUUGGUUAAAAUUGAAUAUCAGUGAGCAUUUUUAAAUUGAUUAUUAUUGCAAGAUUUUUUUUUUCAGACAUAAUUUUACCGAAAUGUACUUUAUUUUCCUUUGAAUGUCAAAUAUGUGCAAUAAUACACUAAAAAUGAUUACACAUCUAACACCACGUGGUAGAAGUACUUUCUCCGAGGUUGUUAUCAAUAAUAGCCGAGAUGUUCUGAUUGGGUACAUAACGCAUAUGACGUCACAGCAAUAGUUUAUGCACGACCGUGCAAUGUCGCCUUUAUAAAGUCGCAGGUAUGCGAUUUGAACAAAUUAUUGAACAUUGAUGGCCCUACUGAAAUACUUGCCCUGGAAUAAUCCUUUGUUGUUGUCUUUGUUGAUGUUACGUUUUAUGUCGCACCAACAUAUAGAAGGUCAUAUUAAGACUUUCCAGUUAUUUCAGGUACUUCAGCAGUCCCUCUCGAGAUUUGAGAACUUAUGUUUUUUUUUUUUUCUAAUAAAACUUAUCAACUUCGAAGUAUCGGAAGGAAUUUUAUUGUCUUUGUAGAAAAUAUAAAUAAAUAUUAUUUCUUAUUUCGGAU